UCAGUACCUAAUACUUCUCCUCCUUCCCAACCAACAGAGACUUCAGAAAAGAAUCCUCCGCUAUUAUCGACCUUCUCGCCUCCCACAACCUCGUUUCUAGUGGCACCUUUCGCCAUUCCCUCGCCACCUCUUCCGCCUUUUUCAAGCUCAUCCGCUGCUUAGAGGUACGUUCCGGAACUUCCUUCAAUUCUGUACUUUGCUGCUUCUCGAUUUUGGUGAUAUAUUCCUGGAGUUUCUCGAUUUGUCUGUGGCUUUCAUCUAAUGCUUUUUUGAGCUGGUCAAUUUCAACUUGAACUUGAAGUGGCUUGUAAUCUGGCGUUAGGACUCCAGGUGGAACUUUGCCCAAAGCUUCAAUUGCUUGUUCCAAGCUUGCUCCUUGAUGUUCAAUGAUUGUAUCUCGGGCUUUCAAGUCCUUUUUUUGUGUCUGAAUUUGUUUCUCUUGGUUCGUUUUUUCUCUCUCCUCUCUUAACUUCACAUCAAAAUUCCUCAUGUUGGCCUGAAAUACAAGAGUCAGCUUUGUGCCAGAUAUCGAAGAGUAGGCGGAGACUUGACAUACCUUCAGGGUUUGCCUCUGUUCAUUUUACGAGUUCACGAGCUGCUUGUUUAUCAUAUACAUGUUGGCCAUAUCUUCUUGGGCUGCCCCCAAUUUCAAUGUGAGGCGUUUGGCCUCCUCUUCGCUUGCGUGAAGUCGUUCCUGGAGAAUACUGUUCGAAAACCUUUCUUGGACAAUAUCACCUCGAAGCAUUCCGAGCUCGUUCGCUAGGCUCUGACUGACAGAACUGCCGUGGGCUAAACCGAUACUCGGUUUCUGAAUUGCACGAUUGAGAUGUCCCAUGUUGGAGGAAGCGAACGCUUCAUAAUCCUUCAAUUUCUCCCUUAACCUAUCCACCUGGAAAGUUUGUUGUUCCGUCAUACCUGAAAACUACUAUGCAUCAGCACUUGUUCAAUAUCCAAAGAGUAACUGGUUGGAGAGCGUGCAGGCACGACCCGAACCAUUGUCAUGAUGCAGACAGGGUGUUUUCAAGCAUCGAGCCGACGGGUACUCACCUCGUCAUCCACUUUCUGAGUAAUGUUCAUAAUCUUGCAAAGUCCUGCUUGACUCUUCUCGAGUUCCUCUCUUUUACACCUCACAUCAUCCUCGAAUCUCGCACACUUCGAAGUCAAUUCUUGUAUUUGCUUGUCCUUUAUGCGCGCCAUUUCCAUCAUCGGCGUCCGGCUGUUGAGACAUUUGUCCUUUACUUCGACCAGUUUCCCAUAGACUAGCUCUAUGCCGUCGCUAGUGGUCAGAUCACAUUGUGGUUGAUCCUUGACUUGAGCUUUGUUUUGCUGCUCGGUCGAAUAUUCAGAAGUAGGCAUCAGUCUGGGAUCUGUCACCCUACUGAUCAGUCUCUAACUCCAGUGAGCUUGAAAGACUCAGCAGACUUACAGUCCUUUGCAUCCAUAUUCAAUGCUCCAUGGUCCCCAUUAGUCUGGGAAGUUUGAUUAUACAUAGCAGCCACCAUUUCUUCCCGACUAAGGCGUUGUAUAUCCGUCCCCGAAAUUAGAAUACAAAUUUCCAUUGCGCAGUAAUCUUGUUAUUGAUUCCGUUCAUGAAGAGGAAUACAAAAGUACUCGCUAACAGACAAAUUAUCAGGAGAAAUACGAUACUCGAUCGAAAGUCUUUGAAGCGUUUAUCGAAGAAGAAAUUCAGAUAGAACCAUGGCAUUAGCAGCAUAUCGUCACGUCCUGCGUUCGGCGAGAAUAGCUUUCCAGGGUACGUAAUUUUUUCUCCAACUCACUCCUUCCCCUUCUCAUCCAGCUUCCUCGCCACUCGUUCCUUCCCCAAUCCGCUCCUUCCCCGCUCACUACACACCACUAACAACCCAAACCAAACACAGGUGACUUACCCAUCCUCCAAGCCGCCCGCCUAGAAGCCCGCACAGCAUUCGAACAAAAAGCCUCUCUCCAACCCAACGACCCAGCCGUCGGCCCCGCAAUCGCGCACGCAGAGGAGGUAGCCAAGAUCCUGACGGAAAACAUUGUGCAGGGCAAGAAUAUUGGGGGGGAUAAGUAUAGUAAGUUUUCCUGUCUCUCCUUUUCCUUUUCCUUUCCUUCGAAAUCUAUGUGUGUACUCUCUGUUACCAUCUGCUCUGAAAAACAUUGGUAUCGCUCAAGGGAGGUCUUGUUCUGUGCGAGGUUUGACGAUUGAUGGUAAGAGGUUGAGGUGGUGGUUGAGAUCAACGUUUGCUGAUAUAAGAUACAGAGUUGAGGAUACAUGAGAAAACUGAACGAGGGGAUAAUGAUACGAUCAAGAUGCCUAAUGGGCAGAAGGUAGUUAUUGAUGGGAAACCUUGUUCACAACGGUAG